UUUAACCAAUAGGAAAGGAAAAAGAAUUACAAAAGCAGAGAAGGAAGUAGCAUUAGAACUAAUAACAAAUUUCCUAAAAAAAGACCCGUACGCGUCAAAAACGGAGGUGUACGACAAACUAACAAAAUGUUAUAAAAUACCAGCGAGUCCAAGGGCGGUCGCAUAUUGGGUAGAUGAAGUUAGGAAAAGCGUACCUCAUACACCGGCCUACACUGCAGGAGGUUCUUCAUUGGAGAAUCCUGCCAAACCUCAGCUUGCAGGGUGCACGGGCUUACACUGCAGGAGGUUCUACAGUUGAGAAACCCGUCGAACCUGAGCCAGUUACUAAUCCGGUUGAAUCUCUAAGCGAACAGCCGACAGAAACAGAGUGCGUUACUGCAGAAGAAUUACUAAACCACACGGAAAGUGAUAUUGAAAGGUUCCCUCAAAAUUUAGACACACAAACGCCCCUGAGCACGGUGCAGAGCGCUGCGCGAAACGCUCACGCGCACCGACACCCGCGGUCGACACGCGCUAACGGCGUGACAACGGACACCGUUGAAUUUUCGGCGAACGAUUAGAGAGCCGGACACUCUUUGUCGGGACCUGCUCGGAGUGAGACCGAAGCAAGUCUGAGUCGUCGAACUUAUUUUUGUGUUCAAGUUUAGUGUAACAAGUUUAUUAAAUACAUUAGUUCUUUUCCAUCAAAUAAACUGCUGACCCGAUCUUAUUCAACCCGGACAUCCUAUAUCCAGGUAUCGAGAAAGAUAGUAAAUCUUGAUACCCGAAUAAGACCUACAAUAUGUUCUAUUUUUCAAAAAGGAAAUAAAAGUGGACUGGAUACGGGAGAGGAGGCAGUAAAGAGGGAUCUUUACGAGACGCGGCACUUCCGAGGCUCGGGUCUCAAAGGGAAGAAAUAGACAGGGCCCACCUGACAUCCUCCAACGUAAUUCUGCG